UUGCCUAUUAAUUACCCUCCUCCUGAAUCCGAAACUAAAAGAAAUACAAUAGAAAAAAUAGUCUGCUGCCACCCGGGAUAGCUUGGUAGAACAGCCUAUCAUGGCGGAUGAUCACGAACACGAGGGCGCCUCCGUAAAGGAGCGGCUGAUCGAAGCCUGCCGAAGGAAUAAUGUCGACUUACUCCACGACGUAAUCUCGGGUUGCAAGUCCGACGAAGAAAUAUCCGCCCUCCUCAACACUACUACAACCGUUAUGGGCAAUCACCUCUAUCAUGAGGCUGCCCUACAGGGAAACUAUGAGAUCAUCGACACACUUCUGGACCAACCAGAUUUUGAAUGUGAUCCUCUAAACCGUAUCGAAGGGGAUACGCCCCUGCAUAGCGCCAUCCGCUGGAUCAACAGCGAGCCCCCUGCCCAGCGCCAAUUCGGCAACGCCCUCGUACAAAUGAUGCUCGAAGCCGGAUCGUCCACACGCGUACGCAACAAGGCCCGGCUGACACCCUAUCAACUCGUCGACCCUUCUAAUACCGGCCUGCGCGACCUGAUCCAGAAGCAUGAGUAUGCCGAGUUGAACGCGGGCGACUUUGUUGACUCCACAUCUGCACCCCCCAAGGAGAAGAAGAAGGCAGUGGCGGCGAGUUCGUUUGUUGAUGUUAGGCAGGAAGAUAAUGAUGAUGAUGAUGCCGAGUUCUCCGGUAGUGACGAUGAAGAGCGUGCCGAAUGGGAGCGCAGGCGCAAGACCAAGGGCCGGUAGAAAAGAGAAGAGAAAUAUGAAAAGACGAAAGUUGAUUGAUAUGAGGCGGAAAGAGGGGUAGGAGGCGCGUAGAGCGACACAUAGAGACACGUCUUAAGACGUAGGCUUGCUCUGGUCUGUCGAGAAGACCAUGAGCAUUGCUCAUACAAUGCGUAUGCACAUUGAGUCACCAUCCUUUGUGUUGUUCUCUUGUGUAUAUGAUGACAGGAACAUGCACAAGUAAUCACUAGACAAGGGGCGUAGAUAGAUGUUUUUUUUCUUGACAAUCCGUUGCUAAGCUCCUUCCAAAUUUCUCUAGCUCGAUAUCGUCAUGUACAUCAUAGGGAUGUGUUUAUAUGCAUUAGCUGAGCCAAGUAGGUAC